GGUCGUGAAGCGAGACUCCAUUCCAAAGAUCUCACAGGUUUCUCUCUCUCAAACCCGCAGUUGCAGAGGCUUUCAGAAGUACCAGACAUGGGGGACAAGAGAGAAAACCAAAGAGGGAGAGACGUAGAAUUACCCAUUUACCCUUCCGCCAUUCCUUCCGGCGAGCAAACCGUUUGGACUGACAUUUCACCUCUUCUACAGCACGCAUGUGAAGAUCUUAGGGAUGGAGAACUCAUACUUGGAGAAAAUUUUAAUUAUCUUGCCGCCAUGUCAGCAUUAGAGAUAAUGGAUCCAAAGAUGGAUUCUGGUAUGGUUCGUACAUAUUAUUCAGUUGAUGAAGCAAUAGACUAUGGUGUUGCUCCUGUUCCUCUGAGUGUCAACAGAACCAUUGAUGUUCGAUGCAUUAUUGACAUUAUGGAUCAUCUUCUUGCUUGUGAGGCUACAUGGCAUAAAGGUCAAUCACUGGCACAAACUGUAUUUUCUUGCAUCUACCUUUUAAGGCCUGAUAGAACAUCAUCGUAUCCACUUCUACAUUCAUAUUGCCAAGUCACACGUGCUACAUGCGAUGCAGUUGUUUCCACAGUCUCAGAGGCACGAACAAAUGAAGAGGAAGAUCUAUUCACUAUGACGCACGGCUUGCCAUUGAAAGUGGACGGGGAUGACAAAUGCUUAACAAUGUUAAAUGUAGUAGACGAAACUGUUUCUCGCCAAUUACGUGCUUGCAAAGCUACAUUAAUUAAGAAGAGAGCAUUAGAAGAUAUGGAGCCAUUACAAGCUGAUCUGGAUCUGGAAGAAGGAUUCUGUAAAGCAGUGCUAUGUCGUUUACGCUUUCGUAAGCACUUUUACCGUGUUUUGACAAAUAUGAAGAGACCUCAAGGAAGAGGCUUUGAUUUAGCAAAGAAACACAUUGCUUCUUGCUUACAAGAGAUAGAUUCCAUGCUUAAAACGGAAAAGUUCCUGAGUCAAAAUAAUGCAUGUGCACUAAUAGAUGAUUCAAAAGAAGAUAAAACGACUGCCUCUGGUUGUGCGCCUAUUGGGUUUGAUUCUACUUUAAACAGCAGGUUAUCAGCUCCAGCUCCACCCCGCUCCAUUAAGAUACUUUGCUGGAAAAAGGCAAUUGAUUACUUCAGAAAGCUUCUUCAUGAGCUAGAUUAUAUAUGCUCCAACAAUUUGGAUCCAAUGUUUGAAAGUGUUUUGCACUUUGUAGUUGAGUUUCAAAAGCUGCAACCUGAAUUAGUUGCUAGAGCUCAUCUCCAGCAUUUGCUGAUUCAAGAUGGGAAGCUCUAUGGACGUGAUCCUCUCUUUGCUGUGAUCUGCAAUGCAGCCUUAUUACCUACAUCUGCUAAGGGCCAUGCUAUCCAAAACAUUGAGCCUUUCACCCAACUGGGGCAGUUAUUGAUCACUUUACUAAGGAUUCUUUGUACAAAUCUUGCUUGGCAAAGGCGUAAACUUGGAAAAAUUUUACAAGAUUGGCGUAUCAUAUAUGUACAGAUAGAACUGGCUUUCAGAAAGGAGUUCGGAGAAACUUGUAGUGAUAAGUCUGAUGAGAAUAUGUGCGCGAAGAUAUUUAAGCACAUUCUGGUAUGGAUAGAGGAGCAAACAUACCGGAUAGCCUACCGUUUCCUUUUAUUGGGAUUUGAUCUUGAGCUAUAUUCUACGAGUGAAUUCUGUAUGGUGUAUUGGUACAUAUAUGUUAUCCUAGUCAAGCUUGCAGAAAAAACCUAUGCCAAGUUGAUGGCAAGCAACGAAAAUGUAAAGCGGAAAGGGAAGAAGCGUGAUUUGAUGAAGAAUGGGGCAAGAGAUCAUCCACUUCCUCCAGUUGUGUUGUUUCUCCAAUGCCAGCUAAACAUAGUUGAAGGUCUUACAAUGAUGCUUGCAGCUUUGAGGAAUGAAAUAACAAUCUAUCAGAAUGUGGGACCUUUCAACACAGAGCACGAGAGAUUUAUGCAGCACUUUGAGCUUCUACAAAAAGCAUGCCUUCCCGAUCACAUAUCGUAUUGUUCUUUCAAGGAAGCGACAGAUCAUGCUCGUAUAUCCACUCUCGCCAUGCAUAAUUUCUUCAAAGAUGCCCAAAGACUCUCAAAGGAGCUGAGGAGCUGUUUUUCAAAUGAUCCUAUCAAAAUGGCAGAGCUUAAAUCAAUAGAACACGUUGCAGAACACAACAAUGUCGCUAUGAAUCUGAUCGGCAGGUUAGGUACUCUUGACUCAUCACUCAAGGUUUACUUCCAAUUCAACCACCACCCAUACUUCACCACUGCAAUUGUGAAAAGAUCUUGAAAUUAUCCCCCACCCCCUCCCCCACCCACCCCAAAUUCAAUUUCUCUUUAAAGAAGAGCAUUAGAGGGAGAAUUUUCCAGUAGAUGGUGUUGUAGCCAGCAUUUACCAGUUUUGUUUUGUUUUAUAAUGUCAAAAAAAAAAAUCUGCUCCCAUUGAUUCGUUUUUCAUUGAAUAAGCUGAGUGAUAUUCUUAUAUGGCAUGCCAUCAGGAAAGGUACUCAUCUUGUAACUUCUAGUCAUCUUGUAACUUGUAGUGUGCAACCUUAAUUAUAGACUGAGUACCUUAAUUAAUUUUUUUGGGGGGU